UGGUGAAUUGCCAUGGAAAUCAGAAGAAACCCAGACUUACUUGUUUUUAUUUAAGACAUUCAGACUUCUAAACCACCUGGUGUCAAAUGUAUCUGCCAAAGUCAGCAGGCCAACAAUCUGCUGAGUGUGUGAAGAAGAAAUGUCGUUUGAAGACAGGAUCGUACAUUUACUCACAUAUUUAAGAACCGAUUUUAGGAGUCCGAGGUCUGGUACCUACAGGACCUCAGUAACUGAACAUGGACCUGAGAACAAAAAUGCUGCCAUAGUCAAGCUUAAGAGGAUACUGAAACCCAUCUGGCAUCUUGUUUUGAUCGGAAUUCUGAGCGGGAUCCUCGUCAUGGUGGUAUUAAUCAUCAUCAUCGAGUGGAACACCAAGCAAAACAUGAUAAUGAGUAUAGAGCAGGUCAAAGAGGAGAUGAAGACCAACACCGAGAAGCUGCUAGAGGAGAAAAGCAGGAUUUCAGAACAGCUGAACUUAACCAACACAAACUUCUCCAUUCUGAUGGCGGAGUAUGAACGGCUGUUUCUCAAAUAUCCGUGCAAUUAUACCCUGCUGGAGAAGAAAGUCACCAGCCUGCAUGGGGUUUUGAGCAACGCUUUAAAAUCUAAAGAAAAGGUUGAGAGGGAAGUCAAGCAGCUGACGGCCCAAAUAAAGUCUACCCAGAAAAAUGACCAGCUUACGGAGCUGGAGAACAAGAAACAGCGUUCGUUCCUGUCCUCCAAGCAUCUCGACUACAUCUGGGAUCUUUGUGACCGGACCACGCUGCAGUGCUCCCGCUGCCUGCCGGGGUGGACGGAGCAUGCUUCCCGGUGCUUCCUCCUGUCCAACGUGGAGAAGACCUGGGAAAAUGCUCGCGUCGAUUGCCUCAACUACAAAGGGGACCUAGCUGUCGUCCUGAACGCCACAGACCAGGCGUUCCUGACGAACCUGACGUUCCAGUUUAAAAAGGCAAAUCCCCGCAUGACCUUCCACUCAGCGUGGAUCGGGCUGCAGGACAUGGUCAAGGAAGGAGACCACAUCUGGGUCAAUGGCGAGAGAAUCAAAUCGGAUGUCAUAUACUGGAGACCUGGCGAGCCCAACAACGCCAUAGCUGAUUGGGACACUGAGAAAGCCGGUCAGGACUGCGUGUCCAUUCUACCACCAGAUGAGGUGGGACCUGAGGGCUGGUUGAACAGCUGGGAUGACAUUAGUUGUGUUGGGAAACGUCACUACAUCUGUGAGACUGAUGCCCUGAUUUUGACCUAGGAUGGAAGAAGUCCUGUUUUAAUCUGGCCACAAGACACAUGUGGGAGGAAAUAGUCGGGUCAGAGAGUCUGAAAUGUAUCUUUCUUGUUAAAAAAGCACAAAACUCUGAACUCUGAGUGAAAGAUUGUGGGGGCAGCAUCAUGCUGUGGGGAUGAGAUGGAGUAAUGAGAUGGUAGAUGGAGAUUUAAAAAAUGCAUUCUAUACUCUAAGAAAAUCUAAAAUUACAGAAGAAGCAAAAGAAAAAAAAAAAAAACAGACCUGUAAUCGAAUCCCAGCUAACUGUUCCUGGUCAGGAAGCUGGUGUUUGCACUUCAGCACAGCUACCGGAUACAGGAAGUUAGAAAAGUUGAAA